AUGUCUUUUAAAACAGCAGGCAAACGUUUCCUAUCGACAGUAAAAGAAACAAACGGCGGUGAACAAGCAAUAUUAUUUCAGGCACCGAAGACAGACUUUACUGGCGUGGUGGGAAAGGCUCUCGGAAUGGGGGCGCUUACCGUCAUGGCGGUGCAACAUGUCAAACAAGAACUUAAUGAGAAGAUUGCUGGCGUCGAACAAAGACUGGAUGAGAAGAUUGCUGGCGUCGAACAAAGACUAGAUGAGAAGAUUGCUGGCGUCGAGCGAAGACUAGAUGAGAAGAUUGCUGGCGAACAAAAUCCACCCGAAACGCUUCAAAGUCUCCUCAAAUAUGAGUACAAUCCUGGUCAGGCACGAAGGUUUCUCGCUCGCGUGGGAAAGAAUUUCAGAUGGCCCUCCUCCAUGCCAGAAUAUCUCAGAAGAUAUUCCUUUUUAUUAAUCGCUGACGUUGAGUUCGAAUCUGAUGACGAAGUCGGGUUUAACCACAUAUUUUACUACAACGCACUCGAUAGAGGUGAAUUUACGGGACAUGAGAACGAGUGGGUGACGAUACACAACCAGAAGUCACUUAUGCCACUACGUACUAAGCCAGCGAAGAUGGUGAUUUCUCAGCGCGCUAAUAAUGGAGGUGAUCACAAGACCAGAAUUCGCAUCAGAAGACCCAACGAAAAUAAUUUGAUCGCGAGUUUUUCGUAUGAAUUUUAUGAUACCAUGAAUAACAACAAAAAAUAUACAUGCGUGGUCGAUACAGGGGCUCCGGAAUCCAUCUUGCCAUAUCAUGUUAAAAGGAUACUUGGAAGGCGGGGAGCGAAGACUGGAUGGGAGAAUUGA